AUGUCCGAUGAAUUAUCAAAAGAAUGUGAUUCACUCUUGGCAAGUACUUCGAUUCUUGAUCAUCACUAUGGUAUUCCAGAUAUAACAAAAAAUCACUUGAAACUCACCAGUUGCAAUGAGUCCACAAAACUCGAGAAAAAGUAUCAUGAAUUAUACGGUGAACUAAGUCAAAAACUAAACAAACUAGCAUAUUUUAAUAAACUUGAUGAAUUGAACGGACAAUCUGUUGAUAAAAUUGAAGAGCAAUAUCAUGAAAUUCUUAAUAAUAAACUUGAUAAGAUACCUAUACUAGAAUAUUCAAAAGGUAAUGAAAUAUCAAAAUUGAAAGCUAUACGGAACUAUUAUGAAUUACAAAUUGAUAAUUUUAAAACAAGAUUGUUGUUAAACAAUUAUUUGCAAAUAACGUUACCUAUUUUAAGGUCAAUUCAUCAAUUAGAUACAGGUAUUGCUACGACUGAGUUGAAUAUAUCCCAGAACUUGUCAACUUUGUAUUCUAUUAAUGAACGUAAUACAAAUGCAAAUAUAAACAAAUUAAUAAAAUCCUAUCAGGAAUUAAAUAAGAAUAAUAAGGAGUUAAAUAACUUGGCACAUUCAAUUUCUAACACCCUUAAUAAUGAGUUACAAGAUAAGUUAAAGAGCUUGAAUGCUCUCAAUGUUAAUUUGAAAGAAAAACAUAAUGCGUUACUAGAAGUGAAGGGAAAGCAGAUUAACGAAUUCCUAACCGAAAGUGAUGACCACAUUUAUAAGAAAUUCAACGCCUUAGUUAAUGAGUGGACAUAUAUAUCGAUAAUAUGUGAGCUUUUGGUCGGCUUUAUUAUUAGCCUUCCAAUUGAUUGGUAUCAGGAUAAGUCUUUACGGAAAAUACUUUUUGAAACUGAAAAGUUGUCACUGAAGACAUCAAAGUACCAACUGGUCAUUAAUAUGAAUAGUCUCAAUAACUUUAAACUUGAAGAAUUAUAUAUGAUUGACCUCGAUGAAUUAGAUCUUAAUAGUGAUACUAGCAACGGUAAUUGA